AUGACUAAAUCCAUCAUCGCCUGUUAUAUGGCUUUGAAUGCAUUCUUUCUUGUUGUUAGGGGGAAAAGAAUAGAGCUGGGUGAAUAUGACUGGAUCCUGCACGUAUUGUCAGUUGGAACCCCAUCAGCUCUCGCAAUUGUGUUCUUGGCUUUGUCAUUUUAUGGCCCGAGCGGAGCCUGGUGCUUUGUAGAUGCUAGGGACCAGGCUAGGGCUGAUGCAGUAAACUACGCCCUCUAUGCCGUCGUCAUCGUCUGUUUCAUCGUCAUUUGCCUCAGCUAUGUCGCUGUCUGGAUACGGAUAUCCCGAUCGGCGAAGGCGUUGAAAUCUUCAACAGCGCGGAACAGCCGAACAAAUCGAUCGGCAAAGACAAUGAUGCUGUUCACCCUUGCGUACUUUGGGGAAUGGAUCACAUAUUUGUUAUACGCUAUUUGGUCGAUUUUUUCAACGCCCCAUGUUGUAUCAGUAUUCCUCGUGGUGACUUUGUGUAAUAUGGGAGGGGUGUAUUACUGUAUGGCGUAUCUUGUGUUUAAAAAGAGGGAAUCAAAGACAGACGCACAGACGAUAGAAAACGCAUCUGCAAAUAUUGUUCACAAGUCUCCAUCUACACAAGAAUCAUAGAACAUGUAGUGAUUAUGUAGUUUCCAUACAUAACCAUUUGAGAAGACAAAGACCUAAAAGCUACACUGUAUAUAGUUAUGAUCUACUUAUCUUAAAGCAGAUGGGUAUAAUGUCUAGUCCCGCACGUGUACCAUUCAAACGUCAUGUCCGUCCCAUAAGUCCAUAUCCUCUCUUUAAUUGUAUUUGCCCGAUUUUUUAAAAUAU